AUGGUGUCAAGUGUCAACAUCCAUAUAAAUUCUUUUAGCUCAAAUGCAAAUGUUGCCUCAGUUGCACUGCUGUUGUUGCUUGCCCUCAUGAGCACAUCAAGCUCAACUCCACUAUCAUCGACAUUUUAUGACAAAACUUGUCCGAGUGCUCUCGCUACCAUCAGAAAAUCCGUAAGAAAAGCAGUGGUAGCCGAACGCCGGAUGGCAGCCUCCCUGGUACGCCUGCAUUUCCAUGACUGCUUUGUUCAGGGUUGUGAUGCAUCAAUCCUACUUGAUGAUACUGAUUCUAUCACAGGCGAAAAGAGCGCACUGCCUAAUCUGAACUCUGUGAGAGGAUAUGAAGUCAUAGAUAAUGCCAAGUCUGCAUUGGAGAAACUAUGCCCUGGUGUAGUUUCUUGUGCAGAUAUCGUCGCAGUGGCUGCUAGGGUUGCUUCAGUUGCUGUUGGAGGUCCAAAAUGGACGGUGAAGCUUGGAAGAAGGGAUUCGACCACAGCAAGCAAAACCCUAGCUGAAAGCUCGCUUCCCAGUUUCUUAGACAGCCUCGAAAGCCUUACUAACAGAUUUUCUGCUCUAGGGCUCAAUGCCAGAGACUUGGUUGCGCUGUCGGGAGCACAUUCAAUCGGACAAGCUCGGUGUGUCACAUUCCGGGGAAGAAUCUACAACACGACCAGUGACAUUGAUGCAAACUUUGCUCGUACUCGCGCACGCAGUUGUCCAGCUGCAGCUAAUGUUGGUGAUGCAAAUUUGGCAGCACUUGAUUUGGUGACACCCAAUAAGUUGGACAACUACUACUUCGAGAACUUGAUCGAGAAGAAGGGUCUUCUUGCCUCUGAUCAAGUUCUCUUUAGUGGAGGAUCCACUGACAGCAUUGUUUUAGAGUAUAGCUUCAAACCUGCACAGUUCAAGGCUGAUUUUGCGACCGCCAUGAUCAAAAUGGGAGACAUUAACCCUCUCACCGGCUCAAAUAAACAGAUAAGAAGGAUUUGUAGUGCUCUUAACUAA